AUGAUGAACCCACUGAUGUACCGUCACCAGCCGGGUCCCCACUUUCCCGUGCUGCCCUACGUUCAUGGGAUGAUGCCGCCAAGGAGUAGGUUCUUUCCUCACUCUGACCAAAUGAUAGGAGAGAUCAACGAUGAAGAGGAUUUGGCUAGUGUCUCGCUUCAAAUUCAGAAGAAAAGAUUCUACGUCGAUGUAGGGGUGGACGGGAGAAAAUCAAGAAUCCUCUUGACGAUGCCUGCCGCCGCAGAUCUAAGGGAUAAGCUAAAGGACCUCAUAGAUGUCCUCAAUGAGACAGAGAAAAAGCAGGAGUCUGAAGAAGGAGUAGGCGAAAAUGUUGCUGGAAAUGGAGAAAAAAGCACAGAAAAUGCAAUGGUUGACGGACUAAUUAAAUCCCACAUAGUAAACUAUCCGAAUCGUCGUUACUAUCUGGACCUGAAGAAAAACAGACGUGGAAUUUUCCUUCGCCUUGCAAUGCUAUCGGCGUACGUUCGUAUUCAAUUAGCAGUUCCAGCUCAAGGAAUGCCACAACUGCUUUCUAUAAUAUCUGAUCUCUUGGGGAAAUGGUGGGAUGGUUCUGCCCAUGACGAUCUCAAAGCCUCCAAGUCUCUUCGAGUAGACAAUAAAAUGUUCUACUUCGAUUCCCUCACCCACCCACAUCGAGUUGGCGUCUUUCUACGCAUAUCCGAAGUGAAGUCAGAUUCUCGGACCGCUAUAACUAUCCCCGCCCGCUCCCUUACGCGCUUUCGCGAUGUGAUUAAUGAGCUAGCCGAAAACUUGGCUAAUGUCAAGGAAGACACUGACGAAAAGCCCGAGAGCAAAACUCUGCCAGGCGCAAUUGAGAAUGGUGACACUCGAACUCAUUCAGAGGAUGAUGACCAAUAA